CCAAUGGACGCAUUACCUAUCGUCGCUGUGGACGGGGUCGAGGGUAUCGCGUAGUAGCGAGGCGCUUUUCUAUCAUGGCGAAUCCGAGGAAAUUUAGCGAAAAGAUCGCUUUGCACAAUCAGAAACAAGCUGAAGAAACGGCGGCGUUCGAGCAGAUCAUGCGUGAAGUGAUGGGGGCAACCCGAACCCUGUCACAGCUCGGGAAUUGGACCAGAUGUACCGUGACUGUUCCACACGAGUUGAUGGCUUUGGGCAGGAGAUCAUGGGUAUGCAGGACUUGAACAGCAUGGCCAUGGAUGGAAUGAAUAUGAAGGGCUACUGGGACCCAAAGGGAGGAGGGGGAGGUGACUGCUAUGGGAACAGCCUUUCCAGUAUGGGAUGUGGAAUUUCAACCCAGCAGCAGCAUCAGCAGCACCGACCAAAAUCCUGUGAUGUCCCUGGAAUCAAUAUUUACCUGCCCCAAGACGAGAGUGGGGACGGGACAGCGUUGGCAUCCAGUCCCGGUGCAGCCGGUGGGCCUCCUCAGGGUGCAGGGGGACCCAACGCAGGAAGCCUUCAGGCACCCCCCAUGGGCAACGGCAAUACGGGAUCGCUGCCCGACCUGACCAGCCUGCACUUCCCACCACCUCUGGCGACCCCGCUUGACCCCUCGGAGGAGCUUGCUCAUCAGCAGCAGGGAGCCAGCCCGGGGCCGCCGUCCCUGCCGCCCCUACAUCCCGGUCAGAGCCCUGCCUCUGCGGCGCUUGACAGUUCCCCAGGCUCCCCACGUGGCUGCACCAGCCCAUCGGGGGGCCGGCACGCAAGCCCUGGCCCUGCGCCGUCGCCGUCGUCGCGGCGCCGGGCGCACCAUAAUUCAACCAGCAUGGUGCUGGGAUCCGGCGGUCGUCUGCAUGGCCCCAGUGGGCAGCAAUCUGCCACGGUGGGGGCACCCCCUGGGCAAGUACGUGCACACUCCCCCCUGCACCGUCGACACCACCGACCCCACCCACCCCGGAUCACCGUUGAGGGCCUUACCAUGGACACGAACGCACUUUCCUUGGAUGGAUAUGGGGGUAGUUCCCAGCAGGCACAGCAGCAGCAGCAGCGUCAGCAGCAACAUCAGCAGCAGCAACAGCAUCAGCAACAGCAUCAACAGCAGCAGCAUCAGCAACAUCAGCAGCAGCAACAUCAGCAGCAGCAACAUCAGCAACAUCAGCAGCAGCAACAUCAGCAGCAGCUGGGCUACUACCAACCGCAUUCACCACAGGUUCUCGGACAGAAUCCCGGAUCUCCUCUGGGUUAUCCCCCCUCAUCACCUACCCUAUCCCAAUGACCCUCCACACCUUGGGUCCUAAAGGGAGGUAGCAGCAGCUGCAAGCUUGGCGCAGGCCCUGAAGGAAAUACGUUAAAACCGAAAAACUGACCACUGAACUCAGUGUCAAUGGGACACCAAUACAUGGGAACACGUAGUGGGUUUUAAAAACAAUAAAAGGAGGAAUCGCAUGUUUGCUA